AAAGCGUUCCACAGUGUCGCAAAGUGUUUGGGUAUUUUGUUAUGUGAGCAGUUAGUUAGUGUUAGCGGCUGUUUAAUCAUGAUUCUGCUUUAACAGUUUAAUUUAAACGUUAAUCAUGUAAAAAAUGACGAGUAUUAUACAGGUAAUUAUGCUUACUUGUGCUGUGGCAUUAAUAUCUCAGCGUUUUACAGGGUUUGAAGCUAGAUAACUGGCGUUCCAUCUUAACUAAGUUAGCUUAGAGAGCUGUCAUAGAUUAUUUGUCAUGCUGGGGCUAAAUAAUGCAGAAAAAUAGCUCUUAAUUAAUAAAAAUGUGAAUAUUUGCAAGAGUUUUCCCUCAAAUUAAUAAGCAGCAAUGUCAGAGAGAGAGGAGAAGCUGGAGCUGGACUGUAGGAAGACUGUUCUUGUGACUGGAGGAGCUGGAUUCAUAGGGUCGCACCUCAUCAUCCUCCUGGCUGCAAGAUAUCCACUGUGGAGGAUAAUAAAUAUUGACUCAUUGCAGUACUGCUCAAGCCUGAAGAACCUCGAAUGUCUUAAGAACACAAGUACAUACAAAUUCAUUCAGGGAGACAUAUGUGACCAAUACUUCAUUAAUCAUCUGUUUUCUACUGAGAAUAUCGACAUUGUGUUUCACUGUGCUGCUCAGUCUCAUGUUGAUAACUCUUUCCUGUAUCCGUCUCAGUUCAUGCACGUGAACGCUGAAGGUACACAUGUAGUGCUCAGAGCAGCGUUUGAAGCUGGAGUGGAAAGGUUUAUAUACGUGAGCACUGAUGAGGUUUAUGGAGACAGUCUGGACAAGGAAUUUGAUGAGUUGAGUCCAAAAAAGCCAACCAAUCCAUAUUCAGCAUCAAAAGCUGUUGCUGAAAACAUUGUGUUAUCAUACUGGGAAAAGCACAAGUUUCCCAUUUUAAUAACCAGGAGCAGUAAUGUGUACGGACCAAGACAGUAUCAUGAAAAGGUUAUUCCAAAAUUUUUGUUACUUCUACAACAGGACCAAAAGUGCACUAUUCAGGGAACAGGCCUUCAGUCCCGUCACUUUCUUCACGUUGAUGAUGUCACGGAUGCUCUUCUCAUCCUGAUGGAACAAGGCGUCCUGGGAGAGAUUUACAACAUCGGUGCCAACUUUGAGAUUCCCAUCAUCCACCUGGCUAGAGAGCUUGUACAGUUGGUGAAGAAUGCAUCUACUGAUGAUCUGGAUAACUGGCUGCUGUUUGUUGAGGACAGACCUGUCAGUGACUUAAGAUACCCAAUGAUCUCAGACAAGAUGCACAAACUUGGUUGGAAGCCUAAGGUUCCAUGGAAGGAGGGAAUCAGAAGGACAAUUAAGUGGUAUGAAGAGAAUGCAGGCUACUGGCCAGUGGUCACAGAAAAGAAGCAUCAAGGAGCUCCACUGACUGUGACCCAUCACUCACUUCACAGUGAAACGGCAAAAAACACUUUCUCAAAAAGCUUUUUAUCCACCAAGUUGUAGUUAAAAUUGAUUGAACAUUUUGUACGUACUAAAGACUUAUUUUACAUUCAGACAUUGUGUUUUUUUUAACUGGACAACAGCUGUGUUACAAAUGACAUCCACCAUAAAAACAGCAUAAAUGGACAAAGUUUUACAUAACAUCAGUCAUCUUUAUAUCAACUUUUGUUUUUUAUAAUAUAUAUAUGAAAUGUUCAUUUGUGAAACACACUGUAAGAAAUCUAAUUAUCUGGGAACAGUAAUGGACUGUUAUCUGCUUCAUAUUUGAAGUGAGAGGAAAUAUAAGAAGAUAUAAAUUCUGAGAUUCAGCCAAAUACCUCAAUAUUGUGUAUUGAAACAAUGCCAUAAAUCAUGACAUUCUAUAGUUAGUAAAUGGGAAGUCCUUGACUGAGUCUGAGUCAUCCAUGUCCAAGAGUGUUAAACAAACUGUUGUGAAUUUACCAAAGACUAAUAAAACCAUAAAUAAAUACAAUGUGCUCUCAUUGUAUGUUA